UUUAAAUAAUUUUUUUUAAAUAAAAAAAAAUAAUUUAACAACGUUCGAUUAUUCAAUUGGGUCAUGCGUGUAGAAUAAAACCAUGUAACAAAAUGAGGGCUGGCAGAUCAACAGUGCUAACAGCUCCACUUUUGUACAAUAGCAGUUGCUGGCAUCCGCGUAUCUACACCAACGGUCUAUUAUUUCGCAUAACCGUAUCGGGUAUUACAGAGAGUGCAUUCGUCUCGUUACUUACAGUAGCCAUACUCGUCGCUAAUCUUAUGGUGAUAGUCACUAUCAACAGCGACAAAUAUACGAAAUUUAUACACCCGCAGCCUCGAUACUUGGUGACAUCGCUCGCUUGCAAUGACUUGGCCAUUGGACUAUUGGUUACACCAUUAGCCGCUUUUUCAGCUUUAGUCCAUUGUUGGCCAUAUUCGGAAAUCGUAUGUCAAAUUCAAGCUCUUUUAAGGGCAGCUUUGCCACAACAAAAUGCUAUGAUAUUAGUGUUCAUGGCAGUCGACAGAUACACAUGUAUGUUGCACCCAGAUAAAUAUCACAAACAUUCGAGUAAAAAAGGCUGUAUGUUGGUGUUGAGUUUGACUCUAGUGGGUUCGUUAACCGCAUUCGGUGCGGCGGUAAUCCGCCGAGGUGGAUAUUUCUAUAACGGCAAUGGAUUAAUGGCGUGCGAGCCGUUUUAUCAAAGGCCAAGUUUGCGAAUAUUGGCCGCCUGCCUGUUUUACUUCCCCACGACAAUGGCACUUAUGUAUUUCUACGGGUCGGCACUGCACGUGGACAGGCUUCGGCACAGACAACAAAUCAACAUAUGUGCCAUUCUAGUGCAACCAAUGUUACCCAAUAGCGCCAGAAAGAACGCUCUCGACGAAGCAUCUGAUCGAUUAGCAUCGAAAGAACUGAGACAAAGCAUACGAACUACCAGGGCUAUGGGAGCAGUAGCAUUAGGUUUUAUAGUAGCCGUAACUCCUUGGACAAUUCAAGAAGUUGUGACUGCGUGUACAGGCACAAAAAUGCCCCCAGCUGUAGAUUUCAUAAUCACGUGGAUAGCACUAAGCAAUAGCUUUUGGAAUCCAUUCAUAUACUGGGCUUUGAACCGAAAGUUCAGACGUAUCAGCCGUAAUAUAAUCAAAACCAAUAUUUUUCGCCGUAAAAAAUACAACUCUAGUGUGAUAUCAUCUUCUUGCAAUGUUGGACAUCAGGAAAGUUGUUGCGCCAAUAGAGACAUGUGUUUUUCAACCCUCCAAAAAGACAACGAAGAUAUUAUUGAGGUGGACAGACAGUCAUUAGGAUCCCAAGACAGAGGAGGAUUUCCCCCGACGCCGCCUCCGCCCCCUCCUUAUCACAGAGGGGACAUACAACAUUGUCAUUCAAUGAGAUACUGAUAAUAAAUAAUUUGAAUAAAAUAAAUAUACUAUAGAUAGGUACUCAAGUUGAUCAAUCAAAUAACUGUACAUAUGAUCUGUGUAUAGAAUUAUAGUUAGAGCGAUUUAAGAAUGAUCACUGUACAAUUAUGAAUCAUAUAAUUAUAAUCGAUCGUUUAACAGGGUGGCUCUGAAUAUAGUAUUGAAAUUUUCGUAUUUAAAACCUCGGAAUAUUUAGUAUAAUAUAAUAUUAUUUUCAGUUUUUAAUACCCAUGUUUA